GUUGGACUGCGCGUGCGCGUACCUGUGGCAGCGGUAACCCCCGCCCCCGCCGUAUAGGACUUCUUCAAAAAUCCCUUGCUUGGUUUCCAUCCCUUCAGAAGAGAUUUCAAUGCAACUCAUCCAGCCUUGCUGUUGCACAGGACUGUGAGUUAUCUGUGUAUUUAACAGUUAAGUGGAUUGUCAAGUUGGAAAAAACCCACAAUAACUCAUCAGAAGAUGUUUCCCGUUUUUCAAUAUCCGCCUUUAAGACUAAUAACCCAAAACAGUCUUUCUAGCAUGUGUUUAAAACUCACGUUUUCAAGACCUGUUGCAUUUGCACAAAUAUGGAAGUCAUGGUUCUCAAGUCAUUCUCUUCUUGGAAAGAAAAAUAUUAUCCUGAUGGGACCUCCAGGUGCUGGGAAAACAACGACUGGGAGAAUAGUGGGCCAGAAACUGGAUUGCCCUGUCAUAGACAUAGAUGAUGAUGUCCUUGAAACAACCUGGAAUAUGAGCGUGUCACAAAAACUGCAGGACGUGGGUUAUGAGGAAUUUCUAGAGGAGGAAGGAAAAGCCCUGUUGAAGUUCUCAGCAUCUGGAAGUGUCAUUUCCCUUAGUGGAUCCAAUCCAAUGCAUGCUGCUGGCAUGCAGCACAUAAAGAAGAAUGGAAUAAUUGUGUAUCUGGAUGUGCCCACAUCAGUCAUUAUGAGCAGGCUGAAAUCAAAGCAGAUGGAUCGUAUCGUGGGGCUGUCUCCUGGUGUUUCUCUCAAAGAUGUGCUCCAGUUUAGGAAGCAGUUCUACAAAAGGUGGUUUGACAUCCGUGUUCUUUGUGGCGGGGAUGUUGCUGCAGAGGUCGUGGCAGAAAAGGUACUUGAUGCUGUGAAGAGAUACCAAGACUCAGAACUGGAAACUUUCAUUUCAACAAGGUCUAGUAGGUCUGGAAGGAGUACGGAAGAAGACUCUAAUAAAUUCUAUUUCAGUGAUGUUGUUAUUCAGGGCUUAGCCCUUGAUGGGGGACUCUUUGUUCCUGAGAGAGGACUUCCAAAAUUCACUGCUGAAGAAUGGCAAGGUCUGAUAGAAGCAACUUAUGUUGAAAGAGCCCAGGUGAUACUAGAAAGAUGCAUACAUCCUGCUGAUAUUCCUGCUUCUAGGCUGGCAGAAAUUGUUGAAACUGCUUAUGGAGAAAACUUCAGUUGUUCUAAAGUUGCUCCAGUUAGGCAUCUGGCAGGCAAUCAGUUCCUUCUGGAGUUAUUUCAUGGACCAACAGCAUCAUUUGAAGAUUUUGCUUUGCAGUUGAUGCCACAUUUAUUUGCCUACUGCAUUCCCAGAAGCUGCAAUUACUUGAUUCUGGUAGCUACUUCUGGGGACACGGGGAGUGCUGUUCUGGAUGGCUUUAGUCGUCUCCAUGACACUGACAAACAGAGAAUUGCUCUGAUGAAUUUUUUUCCUGAGGAUGGAGUAAGCCCAAUUCAAAAAUCACAAAUGAUUGCCUGUCAGAAGGAAAAUGCUUGGUCAGUGGGUGUCAAAUCAGAUUUUGAUUUUUGCCAGACAGCUAUAAAACAAAUCUUUACUAAUUCUGAUUUUACUGGCUUUCUUACAGUAGAAUAUGGAACAGCUUUAGCUGCAGCAAACUCCAUAAACUGGGCACGACUGCUUCCUCAGAUAGUUUAUCAUGCCUCUGCGUACCUUGAUCUCGUUCAUCAGGGUAUUAUUUCUUUUGGAAGCCCUGUAGAUAUUUGCAUUCCUACGGGAAACUUUGGCAACAUCUUAGCUGCUUUCUAUGCUAAAAUGAUGGGAAUUCCUAUCAGGAAAUGUAUUUGUGCUUCCAAUGAAAACAAUGUUUUGACUGAAUUCAUAAGAACAGGUGUUUAUGAUUUGAGGGGAAGAAAAUUAAUUUCCAGUUUUUCACCAGCAGUAGAUAUUUUGAAGUCCUCCAAUCUUGAGCGAUACUUACACCUGAUUGCUAAUGAAGAUGGACAACUGGUAACACAAUUAUUUAAUCAGCUGGAAAAUCAAGGCCACUUCCAGCUGCAGAAAGAUCUACUUGGAAAGCUUCAGCAGGACUUAGUGGCUGGCUGGUGCUCUGAUGAGGACUGUCUGGCUGCCAUUCACUCUGUGUACAGUACUACAGGAUAUAUUUUGGAUACACACACAGCUGUUGCUAAAGUAGUUGCAGAUCGAUUACAAGAUAGAACUUGCCCAAUUAUUAUUUCAUCUACAGCUCAUUAUUCUAAGUUUGCACCUGCUAUCUUGAGGGCCUUGAGGAUUGCAGAAAUAAAUCAGAAUCCAUUAAGUCAGCUUCACUUGCUGAGUUCUUACAGCGCUCUGCCUCCAAUCCACUGGGGCCUAUUGGAGACCCUGAAAAAGACAGGAAAUGGGGAUCAUCAGGUCUGUGCUGCUGAUAUGAAUGUGCUGAUGUCCCAUAUAGAAACCUUAAUUCAAAAUCAUUUUAUGAAAGUUUUUUGAGCAACUGAUCCAAUGAACACAAUUGCAAUACCUUCUUAACAAGCUGCAUGCUUUAUGAAAGCCAUCAUUCAUCUGGCCUGUGUCCAGUCCACAGCACAUCUCACAGUUUUAUAUUCAGUUGUCAAGCUUUCAACAGUAUUUGUAAGUAACAUGUGUGAGAUUUCUAGUGGCAGUGAAAGGUUGUGAGUCUAGAGUGUAAAAAACUGGAAUACCACUUUGCAAAUCAUACACAGUAGAGAUGCCAGCACUGCUGGCUCUCCUUGGCAGUGCUGAAGCAUCCUCAAUGGAAAGAGACAGAUAAUGAAGUCUGACCUUUCUGGAACUAAUAGCUCUGCUUUUGUUGCAACAAUGAUGUGAACCUUUGGUCAGUGGAUGUUUAAUUAAACUUUAACUCAUUUCACUUAGGGCACUGAAACAUAAUGAUAUAAUGGUGUUCAUAUGUUACUAAUGAGAGUUGAUUUCACUACAAAGAUUAAAAUACCCUUGUAUUGUUAAUCAUUGAACCAUUGAAUUUUGUGAUAUAUUACCUUCUUGUAUAAUGUUUUUUUAUGUAUUGUGUUGCCAGUGUCUAAAUAUAAAAUCUGGUAAUUUUGUUUUUAAUGUUUUUUUUUCACAAAUAUUUUCCUGUGUCAAAUAGAAUGCCUAAUUAAAUAUUUUUAAUAUAUUUGAGGUGUGCCUCUUUCUCUAAUGUCUUGUAGUCUCUUUCCUAGACAUUUUUUAUUUGAA